CCGAACCAGGCGAAGAGAAUUAUAUUCCGGUCGAACACUUGUAUACCAGUAUUGACAUCAAAAGUGAAUCGCCGUUGCAAUCAUUCGAAGGUCAAUAUGUCAUAAACGGCGAGAAUGAAGCACGAACAAUUGGAAAGGGAUUAGACCAGGCUGUCAUAGAGGGGUGCAAGAAUUAUUAGUGACCGCUCAACUUCUAUCCCUCUCAUCGUGGAGUUACGGAAAGAGUCAUGGAGUCAAGUUUGUUUUUUAAUUCAGCUUUAAUCUUUUUGGGUUUAUGACAUCAGGUCGUUGCUUCGUAGUAAAAAAAUCAUUGCUCUAGUUAAAACUAAAAUUCGAAAGCUGAGUCUAGUCGUCGCCGCAUGACGAACCCGUAUCUUGAAGGACGGGAUUCAAAAAGGAGUUCCCCUGGGAAUAAAGGAAGAACAGUGGGAGAAUGGCUAGCCACCCACCAACAAAUAAUGAUGUGAGCACAGAACCUCCCAAGUGCGUGACGGCUUAUGCAGAGGAGAAAAAUACUACAAGAAGAGAACAUGGAGUUAGCUUUACCAGUACAAGUGCACCAGAUGAAAUGCACAUCAAAGAGGAAUUUUUUGUUGUUGACAUUAAGGAAGAAAAUGGAGAAGAAGAAGAGGCCGCAGACGAAGAAUUUAAAGGUAAUACUAACGAUACUGUUGAAAUAACGCCUACUUUCAUUAAAGAUGAAUACACGGUGAAAGGCAUAAAAGCAGAGGUGGAAUCUUCGUCGGACGAUCCAGUACUCACCGAUGGUACAUCGAUUGUCACUGAAGGUAGCGUUUUCGUGGAUGUUGGUGCUAUUUGCAAGGAAGAAGAUUUCGGAGUAGCAAUUGAAGAAGUACAGAUGCAAGACCCGGAGAAAACUUCGCCCUCAGUCGAAGAAAGCAUCGACUCCGAAAGAAACAAUAGACGAGGUCGUGCACUGAAACAUGUCCAAUGCAGCAGCUGCUCCGAGCCCGUUGAAAGGCUUCCCCAGGGAGGCUCUUCUGAGCAUCAUUCGAAUAAAAAACACUUCCCUUGCUCGCACUGUCCUGCCACGUUCAAUCUCCAAUGUCAUCUCAAGAACCACCUAUUGGUGAAGCACUCGGACGAUAGGCCUUUCGGAUGCCCGAAAUGCGCCGGCGCGUUCAAAUACAAGCACGUCCUCAAGGAACACAUGUUCAGGAAGCACUCCAUUGCGAGGCCGUUCUCGUGUGGGAAGUGUCCCGCGUCCUUCAAGCUCAAGAACGAUCUGAAUGUCCACACAUCCGUGAGACAUUCGAACGAGGUGUCCAUCUCUUGCGAAACCUGUUCGGCCGUGUUCAACGACGAGGUGAAUUUCCAACGACACGUUCUCCUCAAACACUCGGACGAAGGGCACGUUUGCAAGGUUUGCAAAGUGUCUUUCAGCACGCAGAAAUCUUUAAGCAAGCACAUGAAUGCCCGGCACUCGAGAGCGAAACCUUUCUCGUGCGCCGACUGUCCGGCCAAGUUCAAAUGCGCGAGCGACCUCAAAUCACACCGCGCGGUGAAACACUCGGACGAAACUCCGUUCACCUGUCCGCAGUGUCCCGCCUCGUUCAAGUUCAAACGGUACAUGGAUUACCACAUCCUCGCCAAACACUCGGGCGAGAAGCCUUUCCCGUGCGCGCUGUGCGACAAGGCGUUCUCCCGGAAGAAAGCGCUGAACCGGCAUUUGAUCGUGAAACAUUCGAAAUCCGACGAGCGGCCGGCUUUCGCGUGCUCUUCGUGCGAUUUCACCUGCUCCUUGAAGCAGAACCUCAAGCUCCACUUCGCGACGAAACACUCGGACGAAAGACCGUUCGCCUGCACCAAAUGCGACGCCGCCUUCAAGCUCAGGAGUCACCUGAACAGGCACCUUCUCACCAAUCACACGCUCGAGCGGCCGUUCUCGUGCGGGCAGUGUCCUGCCAAGUUCAAGAUCAAGGAGGCCUUGACCGGCCACGUCUACAGGAAACACCCGGAUGGGGAACCCUUCUCUUGCGCUCUUUGCUCUGCUCUGUUCACAACGAAGAAAUUGAUCAAGGAACACAUGACCGUUCACUCGGAGAAGGAAUCGCAGCGUUGAGAAUAUACAUCGUAAAAGAGUAGCAAUGUAUUUGACAUGAUUGCCGGCGGUCUGGAAAACCGGGAAAGUUAGAGUCCCUUUAUACUGCGAGUUAAGACAAUGUGAAUCCAUUUCUGAUUGGUUACCGUAUUUUCGGUAUCCACAGUGUCACAAACGGG